AUGAAGCAAGCUUUUGUUAGCAAAGAUACUACUGUCGCUAUCCGGGACACCGAGAUCCCGGUGCCCAAGCAAGACCAGGUCCUCAUUCGGGUCGUGGUGUCCGGCACCAACCCGAAGGACUGGAAAGUGCCCCGCUGGAUCCCGAAUGACAAUGGCACCAACGAGGGAGAUGAUAUUGCUGGAUACGUCGAGGCUGUUGGAGAGGGUGUAGUUGGUUUCCAGAAGGGAGACAAGGUGGCUGCGUUCCACCAGAUGAUGACCACUGAUGGAAGCUACGCGGAGUACGCCAUCGCUCCGGCGCACACGACGUUCCAUCUCCCUGCCAAGACUAGCUUUGAAGAGGCCGCGACCGUCCCUCUCGCAGCUAUGACUGCCGCGCUCGGUCUAUAUCAGAGGCUGGAUCUGCCUCUCCCUUGGAAUCCUACCAGUGAGCCCCUUCCACUGGUAGUGUAUGGUGGAGCCUCGGCAGUCGGCGCAUUCGCCCUGAAGCUUGCCAAGCUCUCCAAUAUCCACCCGCUGAUCGUGGUAGCCGGAAAGAGCAGCUCCUUCGUUGAGACUCUGAUCGACCGCAGCAAGGGCGACACCAUCAUCGACUACCGUGAAGGCGACGAGGCCGUUCGCGCAAAGAUCAAGGCCGCCGCCGGCGGUAAACCCAUUCACCACGCAUUCGAUGCAGUCUCCGAGAAGGGUAGUACUGAAAACCUCCGCGCUGCACUGACAGCUCCUGGCAAGAUCACCACGGUGCUCCCCACUGAUGCCGAAAAAGACGACAACAAGAUUGCCGUCCAUCGUACCAUGGUUGGAUCAGUUCACGACUCUCCCACUGAGGGAAAGACAAUCGAAGAUCGCGAGUUUGGCGCGAUCUUCUUCCCGUUCCUCGGUCGUGGUCUCGCGGGAGGCUGGUUCUCGGGACAUCCCCACGAAGUGCGCCCGGGUGGCUUGGGUGGACUCCAGGGGGCGCUGCAGGACCUUGCGAAUGGAAAAGCUUCCGCGGUCAAGUAUGUGGUGCGGAUCGGCGAGACGGACGGCGUUUCGCAAUAA